UCCCUAACUUCUAUAGGCUUGUCGGUACGCAUUAUACAUGGUCAUAUUUUUGCCAACUGACGCCCACGAUGUGAGCAGCUGAUACCACCUCUCGGGCUGGCAUCCGGCCACCGAAGUUUCUAUCAGGCGGGAGGGAAGGGUCCGAUCUGCGUCAGUGGACGCGGCUUGGCAUCCGUUCCCGUGGGUGUGACUCUCGAGCCAACUGAAUUUAAGUAGAACUCCAAAUCCGAUUCAGGUAGAGAGAAAGAGAGCGAGAACCAAGCCAACCAAACAUGAGUUUGACUGAGAAAGACAAGGCUGCCGUCAAGGCCCUGUGGUCCAAAAUCUCCAAGUCAGCGGAUGCUAUUGGGGCUGACGCUCUGAGCAGGAUGCUCAACGUCUAUCCGCAAACCAAGACCUACUUCUCCCACUGGCCAGACAUGAGUCCCGGCUCUGCCCCCGUGAUAGCCCACGGAAAGAAGGUGAUGGCUGGAGUCGCUCAGGCUGUGGCCAAGAUUGACAACCUGACCAACGGCCUGCUGGAGCUCAGCGAGCAGCACGCCUUCCAGUUGAGAGUGGACCCGGCCAACUUCAAGAUCCUGUCCCACUGCCUUCUCGUAGUGAUCUCCAGCAUGUUCCCCAAGGACUUCACCCCUGAGGCCCACGUCGCCUUCGAUAAAUUCCUGGUCAGCGUGUCCCUGGCUCUCUCUGAGAGAUACCGCUGAGCUGCCCGCAGUGUGGAAUGCGGUCUGCCCCACGCGACCAUGUAGCUCAUGGUGACAAAUUAAAGAAUAAACUGCAUGCCGCCCAAAA